GUUUUGAUUUUAUCUUCCGCUGCCUCUUUAAUUUUCAAAAUUCAUAUAUCAUUAUUGUGAAAUGAUUCUGCCAGAACUGUGUCUUCUGUAUUAAUUCUUUCAUCUGGUGAUGGUGGUACUGUCAUUGGUAGUUUUCACUCUGGAUCACGACAGUAAGCCACUUGAAUUUAUCAGAGCACAGGUCAGCCACCGUAUCUGGUGAAUAACAGUCCAUUCAAUGUGUGUAUCAACAAUAGCAAAAUACUUCAAAAAAAAAUGCCUAGAAAUUUAUCCACGAUCUCAUUAAGGCACAAAUUAUUUUCACACUCUGUUGAUAUAAAAUUAUAACUUGUAUGAAGUUUCUAGUCAUAAUUGACACAGUGUCAAAAUAAUGAUUACAUCAAUUAUUUUUGUAUGGAAGACAGAUGUCGCCAUUAUUACUGUUCAACAAGCAUACGAUCUCUGAAGUUGUGCAGCAAACAGUGCAUGUGCCAAAAACAUAUCUAAUAAAUAUACAUGUAUAUGUAUCAUAUAUGUAGCUGGCUUAGUAGAUCUAGAUCUAUGGCAUAUUAUCUUUAAGAGUUUAUAGGUAAGAUUAAAAGAAAAUAUAAGCCUUUAUUGGGUUUGCUUCUUUUGAAAAUUUUGAAAAGUUCAUAGUAUUGAAAUCAAGCAUGGAAUCAAGAACGGAACAUAGGAUAUACUAUUUAACAUGUCAUAAGUAUAAUAAUUAUCUAACAUUUGUCCGCAAAAAUUCCGUCAUGUGGUCGUGCACCAUACAGUGAUGACACUGCGUUUUUGAAGUUAUAAACAUGUAUAGCCGCUAUCUUGGCAAUAUGUCCGCAAUAUUAGAUUUUCAAGGCUCAAUUUCCAUAUUAAACCAAAAAUUUGGUUUUGGCUUGUUAUAUGGUUUUCCUUUUUUUUCAAAUUGACUGGACUAUAAAAAUAUUUCAAGAUUAUGUAAACGAACUUAACUUUUGAUCGUACUUAAUUAAACAUUUUACAUAUAACUGGUUUUCUAAUUCAAUGAUGCUGCCGCUAUGAUAUUUUUUACUCUUAUUUUGCAGAACUGAAGAGGAAACAAUGAGCAAGACAAAUAUCCGCCAUGAUUCUGAUUCUAUGCUCUAUCAAAACGAUAAAUCUUGGGAUACAUGCAUUGAAAGAAGAAGUGAGUCUGAUGCAAAGAUAUUACUAGAAAAGAAGAUUCUACCGUCCAAAAGUGAACUGAAUAAGGCGUCCCGUGUAUUUGGAAGAACUUCAGCAAUAUUUUCAAAUAUUUGCUCUAAGAUAAGCCAACAUAUAAAGGAGAAUUCAGAAGAUGUCAUCGACGUUUUGCCGUCGUACAAAUCUGACUCUACGUCUAUUGUUUUUAUAGUUUUCUUAAAGAGGGCGUCUCAAUUUUUCAUAUUUAAAGAUAAUGAAUGUUAUAAAAUAUCUGAAAACGAACCGAGUGCUGACGGAGAAUAUGCUGCUGUCUAUGAAAGGAAAGUUGAAACAAAGAAUCAAUCUGAUGGCAAGGUUUUCGAACAGCUAAGAAAAUGCAUCAACAAAAACGCUGACGAUCUUUUUAAAAGGCAUAGUAAUCUUAAUGUGAUAUUACCUAGCUUGAAAAAGUCCUUUGGAUACAAAUCAGGCCAACAUAAAAUUAUAGAAGAACCAUGUAUAGCGCUGUUUGUGACAGCUAAAGGAUUGAUUCCAUUGGCAGAGGAACGUUUUAAGAAAGAUAUAGAUGGGUUUCGAACGGAUGUUUUUGGGGGAGAAUUCGAACCAUAUUUCGGAGGACCAAACGAGUUCCAUGAACAUCUGAAGAUUGGUCUAGCAAUUCAGGCAAACAUCGAAAACGGAAGCAUAGGAACCCUUGGAGGAUUCAUUGAACAUCCACAACAUGGACUUUGUGGAAUAACGUGUGCCCAUGUUAUCUACACUCUCGAUGAGCUUAAAAUGAUCAAAGAAAAUACACCGUUUAAAAUGGACAAAUUGGUUCAUCAGCCCACGGUCUGCCAUUCUCCAGCAUUUGGUAGAGUAGUUCUUGUUGUUUACAAUGAAGGAGAUGAUAUCAUGUCGGGUAUGGAAGUUGCUAUUUUCAGUAUACGGGACAGAAAACCAAAGGAUGGCAGCUUUCCCAAAGUUUUAAAUGACAUCCAAGCAGGAUUUGAUGAUGAUCAUCCACUUUGUUUCAAUUCCGGCGAUAUUUGUGAGAUGGCCAACAUAAAACCUAGGACUGAAGUUUACAAGCUUGGCAUGAGUUCUGGAAUAACGAGAGGUAGCUUUGAAUUGCAAGGAGCUGCAGUGCGAAGAUGACAAAUGACAUUGUCAGAGCUUUGGAUUUCAUUUAAAAGAUCAAAUUGUUAUUCUUCCAAUUGGACACGAUCCUUUUGCAGAGCCUGGUGAUUCUGGAGCGUUAGUUUUGAUGGAAGGUGAACAAGAUUCAGUCGCUAUCGGUAUUGUUGAAGGGGGUAUGCAUGGUCUCGUGUUUGUCACACCAAUUUGUGAUAUUUUAAGAGCUGCUGGUUGUACGGAAUUAAAAAUGUGCCAGUUCAAAACAGAA